AUGGAACGCUACGAUCGGCCGCUGGCUCUGGGUCAAAAGAGCGCAAUAGCCCGUUCCGAGAUAGCGGCGAUGCGUUUUGUCCGAGCCCAUACGACGAUACCUGUACCCCGCCCAUGGCGUAGCUGGUGCUGGCCGUGGUCUGACAACUAUUAUAUCAUCAUGACUCGCGCGCCAGGAUGCGUAUUGGACGACGUCUGGGGCUCUCUCGAGGACAAUGCUCGAGAUCACAUCGUCAAGCAGCUCGCGCCGUUCUUAGCACAAUUACGCAGAUUGCCCACGCCAUAUGGAUCGGCCAUUUGCGCUGUUGAUGGUGGUUCUAUCUACGACCACCGUCUACCCAGUGAUCAUUUUGGCCUGUUCUCCGACGAACAAUCGUUCAACGCUGCACUGCGUUGUUUCCAGCCCUUGGAGGGCCUCCCUCCGGAUGUUGCAGUAUCGCACGCGAUUGCUCAUCCAAUUGUUAUGACGCAUGGCGAUCUUGCACCUCACAACAUGUUGUUCGACCGCGAGAGCCUCGAGAUUACUGCGGUUCUUGAUUGGGAAUGUGCAGGUUGGCUUCCUUCACAUUGGGAGUAUCGCAAGGCACUGUGGAGCUCCUGGGGUCGGAUGGCGGAAACGUGGAGUCCGCGACUUCAGCUGUUCGUCUCUACCUUUCCUCUAGAGGCAGAGGCAGACAAGCAACUUGCGAGCCUAUUCUGGUGUCCGUAG